AUGUUGAGAACCACUGAUAAGGUCAGCAAGUGGGCAGGUGCCCAGUGCACCAACUGCCAGACAACCACCACGACAGUGUGGCGGAUGAAUGCCAAUGGAGACCCUUUGUGCAAUCCCUGCGGACUCUAUUACAAGCGACACCAGGUGAACCGACCAGCAAUCUUGUGGAAUGAUGUUGUAAAGACUAGAAAGCGCAAGGCAUCACAGAAAAAGAAGAAGCCAGCGUCGAGUCUGGGAGGCGCAGGACCAGCUGAUGGGCCAGCUGGUGGCUUCACGGUGGUGGCUGGGGGCAGCGAUGGUGGGAAUUCUGGGGAAGUGGCCUCAGACUUGGCAUUGGGCCCGCCUGGCACUGCCCAUCUCUACCAAGGCCUGGGCCCCGUGGUGCUGUCAGAGCCUGUCAGCCCCCUCAUGCCUUUCCCCGGGCCCCUGUUGGGUUCACCCACAGGCUCCUUCCCCACAGGCCCCAUGCCUCCCACCACCAGCACUGUGGAGGCGCCACUCAGCUCAUGAGGACACAGAGCAUGGCCUCAGAGCAGGGGUGGGGUUCCUCUCCACGUGGAGCCAGCAGUCCCUCUACAACCCAACCCUCUGAAUCCCCAAUGCCCCUUGGUCUGGACCAUCAAUGACUUGUGAA